UACAGCACUAUUUGACAACUAAACCACGAAGUCAAACAAAAAAUAAUAAUUUUGCGCCUUUCACUUUCCUGCGCUAUAAAAUCGUAUUUAUUUUGAUAAUUAUGUUCAUUCUGUAUGUGCUACGUUAAAUCAGUGAAUAUUCUAUAAAACAAUGUAUACAAUGACAUUACUUUAAUAAAGAAAAGUGUUUUAAAAACUAACAAAAUGGGCUUGGACUUUGAUGUCUUUGAAUUUUGCAAAAAACUGCGGCAAAACCGGCCUCCGCCGUAUCAGUGUCCUUUGGAGAAGUGUGAUAAAGUAUAUAAGAGUUUGUGCGGGUUACAAUAUCAUUUAGUUCAUUAUGAUCACGAUAAUCCGACCCCGGCGACGCCUGCCGUAGCUAAUCAUCGGAAGAAGGGAAGAGGUAGAGCUGCCGUGCCUACAGGGGACAUCGCUCUUCAGAGUCCGCCGAAAGAGGCUCUAACUUUUGCAGAAGCUCAGAAAGUGGUUCAGUUUGAGAUAGAUGGCAAAAUCAGCAGAAUCCCGAUUGACCAACCUCUGCCUAUAAUGUCUCUGGAAGAAUGGCAGAAGACGAAUGCUGAAUUGGAAAAGCCGUUGCCAGUUGUGGAGCCCCCCGUCGAACCUCAUGUCAAGUUACCUGAAGCCAGCUUCAAGCUUGUCGAUGACUACAAUGAGAGAGUAUGUGAUGCUCCACCACGACCAAAUGCCUACAUUCGCUUCAUCGAGAAAUCAGCUGAGGAGUUAGAUGGAGAAGUGGAAUAUGAUGUGGAUGAGGAGGACACUGCAUGGCUCUCCAUUAUCAAUAAGACGAGGGCCAAGCAGAACCUGCCUGCAGUCACCGUUGAUACAUUGGAACUGCUAAUGGAUAGAUUGGAGAAGGAGUCCUAUUUUCAGGCAUCUCAGAAUGGUCAACAAACAGCAGCCACAGUGGACGAAGAUGCUGUCUGCUGCAUCUGCAUGGACGGAGAGUGUCAGAAUACAAACGUGAUCCUGUUCUGCGACAUGUGCAACCUCGCUGUGCAUCAGGAUUGUUAUGGAGUGCCAUACAUUCCUGAAGGGCAAUGGCUGUGCCGGCGAUGUCUGCAAUCACCAUCGCGGCUAGUCAACUGCGUACUCUGUCCUAACACAGGCGGUGCGUUCAAGCAAACGGAUCAAGGCACUUGGGCGCACGUGGUGUGUGCGCUAUGGAUUCCUGAAGUUCGAUUUGCUAAUACCGUGUUCCUGGAGCCAAUUGAUUCGAUCGAGAUGAUCCCGGCGGCGCGCUGGAAGCUGCAGUGCAUGGUGUGCAAGCAGCGCAGCGUGGGCGCGUGCAUCCAGUGCCACAAGAGUAACUGCUACAGCGCCUUCCACGUCACGUGCGCGCAGCAGGCCGGUCUGUACAUGAAGAUGGAGGCGGCGGGCGCAGGUCGCGACCCGAGUCAACCGGUGCAGGUCGCCAAGAUGGCGUACUGUGACGCACACACUCCUGCGCAUAUUCUACAGGAGCGACGAGCGCAAGAAUCGGAAUCCGGCGACUCAAAAUCUAAUGAUCUGACAGCGAUUCGACAAAAGGGCAGAGAGAAGAUAAAACAGGCUCGUCGGGUCCUAGCGAUGAAGCGUACAUGGGCCCCAGUAGUGCUGGUCCCUACAUUACCGGCGGACCGGGUGGCGGAGGUGGCGGCCCUGGCCCCCGGGGCCCCGGCCGCUAGGGCACAACUUAUGAAGAGACUCCUUGCUUACUGGACACUGAAGAGACAUAGCAGGAAUGGUGUGCCAUUACUGAGACGGCUGCAAAGCUUGACUAGUAAUCACGGUACUCGAGGUAUCCAGGAUGGCACUGUUAAUGUGAGGGAACUAUGCAACCAACUGAAGUACUGGCAGAGGAUACGACAGGACUUGGAGAGAGCCAGAUUACUAUGCGAGUUAGUCCGCAAACGCGAGCGUCUAAAGGCGGAGUACACGCGCGUGUGGGAGCGGUGCGUGCUACACACGCUGCGGCCCGAGCGCGCCGCGCUGCACAAACUGCUGCGGCUACUGCGGCAGAAGGACGCCAGCGACAUCUUCACGGAGCCCGUCGACCUGCAGGAGGUGCCAGACUACAGUACCAUAGUGAAACACCCAAUGGACCUAAGCACCAUGGGUAAGAAGUUGGACCGCGGCGCAUACGCCACCAUCGACGAUAUGGAAGCAGACUUCAAGCUUAUGAUCGAUAACUGUCUCACUUAUAAUAAUAAGGACACCGUGUUCUACAAGGCGGGUGUAAAGAUGCGUGAGCAAUGUUUACCAUUGUUCCGUGCAGCGCGGCGCGAUGUACGCGAGGCCGGGCUGCAGGCUCUCUGCUUACCCCCCGCUAGUCCUACCACGCCCGGUCCCGAUAGCCCGCCAAGGAACUGUGCUCCGAGUCCCCGUCGCGCCAGUCCCCCGCGGUCGCGGCGCAGUGUCAGUCGCGCCGCCAGUCGACCGCGGUCCAGUAGCGAGAGCGAAAGGGAACCUACACCAGAACGACGUAAGGACCGCAGCGUAUCGAAGGCUCGCAGUGAGAGGCGACAGUCCGUCGCUCCGAAAGAUUCUGAUGACGAAAAUAUCGCCUCUCACCGCGCCACAUCCCCAGCGUCAGGACGCGCCAAGCCAUACCUACGCGGUCGGGGCCGGACUAGGGGACGACGUGGGGGGAGACCUAGGGGACGGGGACGACAGCCUGCGCAGGCGCAACGUGCUGUGGAUAACGAUACUCCAACCUCUGGAUCAGAGACUCCAGUGCCUGGCACCACUGCGGAGCGAACUCUUAAGCUGGCAACACCAGAGAAAUCACCCGUCAAACAACCAGAGACAACGCCAAGGUUGGGGCUUAUGGGUGCACUUAGGAAGCCAACUCUACUGGUAUCACCGUCUACCGUCAUCGGACCACCCAAGAGCUUCGGCUCUGAUGCGUCGUUGCCGACAUUGUCAGCCAGUUUGGGUCGGUCCAGCUUAGAGAGCUCGCCCAAGAAGAAGGGACGAGGCAGGCCACGGAAGCAAGAUAAGGACAAGUCGACAUCGUCACCAGAUCUAUUUAGGUCGGCUGGCGGCGGCGAGGGCAAGGGUGUGUCGACGCCGGUGCCCGCGUCGUUCCUGCAAUACCGCGGCCCGCCAGGCGAGGUCGGCUCCGACAGUGAUCUUGCGCUCUCCAGAUCGUCGUCUUCGAGCUCUGCGUGGUCGCAGUCGUGCUCGUCGUGCACGCACUACGAGGACGGCGCGUCGGACCACUCCUGCUCUAUGAGUUCCACUGAUGGGUCCAGUUUCGGCGACGCGCCCCCCAGCUCGCCGGCGGGCGGCGGCGGGGCGCGCGCCGGGCGCCGCGCCCGCCGCCCCGCGCAUAAUACUGACGUGUCAGACGCCGAGCCCACCACGCCCGUCAAAGGUCGAGGAACAAGGUCUUCAACGUCAAAAACUCCGGUCAAAUGUGCGCAGGCGUCGACUUUACAACUAGAGCCGCUCCAACUUGUCUGGGCUAAAUGCAGGUCGGUAUUCAGGCAACAAGGCUACCCCUGGUACCCGGCCCUAAUAAUCGACCCAAAAAUACCAAAAGGAUUCAUCUAUAACGGGGUACCGUUACCCGUGCCACCGCAGGACGUGCUAAACCUCAAGAAGAAUCACGCACACGAGCCCAUACUGUACCUCGUACUAUUCUUCGACGUCAAACGAACUUGGCAGUGGCUACCUCCAAACAAACUGGAACCUCUAGGCCUCGACAAGAGCGUGGACCAGGCCAAACUAGUCGAAUCUCGGAAACCAACGGAUCGUAAAGCCGUCAAGAAAGCUUACGGUGACGCCAUACAGUUCAGAAAACAAGUACAUGGAGACGAUAAAUGACAAAAGUUUAAGUACAGGUCGCGUCGGCCUCCGAGGAAAAGAGCGUUCAGCUUCGGCACCUUCUCCACUAUGCAUAUACGCACCCCAGACACCACCGACUCAAGUGAUGAUUGAAGCUUUUAAAAAACAACUCCUCAUUCCAUGCGAAGAUCGCGAAGUGUUGAGUGUUGCCUGAGUGACUGUGAGAUUGGACAGUGAGUGUAAUUAACAAGUUAGAAGCUACUAUAGACCAGUUUCGACAGGCUGUUUGUCGGUAGAUUGUAGAUAGAUUGAGAGGUAUCGUUUUUGCUCUUACUAGAUGGCGCUGACAUAGAUAAUGAG